CUAGCGCCCUGGGGUGGACAUGCUAACUUAGGGCUUGGGAAUUCACCCUCAGGUCCCACAAACGGGGCUCACGCUUCACUUUCUCACGACGGGCCCUCUUGGGGUACUUCUGACCAUCCAUUGCAUUCACAACACCAACCGCCUGGUCCUGUUUCAGCCAACGGUUGGGCUUCAGCCCCCGGGACUAGAGUUGAGGCCUGGGCUUCUGCGAAUAUUUCCGAGAGCUCUGUUGCCAAUCGUGGAUAUCCUGGCUAUAGAAGUAUGGCUAAAGCCAUCCUAGUUGGAACAAGAAAAAUUCAAAUCGCUAAUGCUAUGACAGCAUUUCCUUCAAAAUGCGAACUUCAGGUUUGUAUCUCUAUCAGCUUUCAUAAGGGACUAAGUUCACAGGAUAACGCUUUCGGUCUACUUGGGCGUGACAAAGAAAGAGAUGUCAAGAGUGCCUUCUGUCAAGUCACUAGAAUAGCGAUUAAAAUACUUAAAAAUCCGCUGUGCGUUCAAGAAUAUUUUAAGUUGGACGAAUAUUGUGAGCUCAUUAUGCUUUCCGUGGUCCGUUGUACUACAGGCUGGUACGCCUAA